AUGAGGCUGCUCAAUACCACGACACUGGAAGUCAAGGAGUUUGCCGAUCCAAUCCCGUCAUACGGCAUCCUCAGCCACACGUGGGAGGAGGAUGAGGUCCUGUUCCAAGAUGUGAUGAACGGGGCCUGUGAGCUGAAGAAGGGAUAUCAGAAGAUCGUCGGCUUCUGCCGCAAAGCAAAAGAGUGCGAUUUGGAGUGGGUGUGGGUUGACACUCUGUGCAUCGACAAGAGCAGCUCUGCCGAACUGUCGGAAGCCAUCAAUUCGAUGUACAAGUGGUACAAGGCGUCUACCGUUUGCUUCGCAUAUCUGUCAGAUGUACGCAUCAAGGAUGACGCAGAGAGUGGCAGCGUCUCAUCUUUGGGGGCGACGAAUAAACCAUUCAGCUUCUCGGAAGCAGCACGGAGUCGUUGGUUCACAAGAGGGUGGACGCUGCAGGAAUUGAUUGCCCCCAAAUACGUUGAGUUCUACACGCAUUCAUGGGAGGAAAUUGGCACAAAAUCCAGUAUGAUAGGGAUGUUGGCCAAACGAACCGGCAUCCCAGAGGAUGUGCUGCGGGGAGGAAGCCCCCUUGUGCACAAUGUAGCUGAGCGCAUGUCCUGGGCGUCUAAAAGACAGACCACGAGGGAAGAGGAUAUGGCAUACUGUCUCCUUGGGCUGUUUGGGAUAAACAUGCCUCUCCUGUACGGCGAAGGAGUCAAAGCCUUUUAUCGCCUGCAAGAGCAGAUUUUGCGGCAACAAGAGGACUACACCAUGUUCACGUGGAUCGCACCGCCCAAGCUUGAUGUUGAGCCUGAUUCCAUGGUUCGCGGUGCUUGGGCGUCGGCGCCGUCAGAGUUCCCCCUCAUGAAAAGGUCUACUCAUGUGAUGUGGUCAAGUCAGCGGACUAUAUCAGAACCGAUCCUCUCAAAAGCCAAUGACAAACCUCCGGAGACGCAGAGAAAGCUCGAGAUGGUGUAUCAUGUCGACUUUAAAAGGGUCGUUCAAUUUUCAUACCGUGAUAUUCAUGAGAGUUUUGGGCACCAAGAACCGCCCGUGGCUACUAGCCGAGGGCUUCAGAUAUGGCUUCCCAUUCUUGAAGUCAAAAAUACCCAUCCUGAUUGGGCUUAUCUGACACCAAUGGAGAGACAGUUGGCGUCAAACCGGCUCGCCUGGACCUAUUGCAAGCUAGAUGACCGUCUGCUAUGCUUUGCUCUAGAUUCGUCUGCUGCAGAGCCUCGAUCCCACUACCGAAUCUUCCCUGCCUCACUCGUCAGUGUGGAUGCUUCUCUUGAGCGUUGUUUCAAGGUCUUGCGGCUGUACAUGCACCCGGGUGGCCUGGUCCAAUUCGGUCGGCGCCAAGACCCCGAGCAAUCUACAAAUGGCACCUGGAUAAAUUUCAUUCCUCGCAAGAGGAGUCUGACGCUGCUACGGUCGUAUCCCGUCCGGGCUACCCAAAAUCUACAUCGAUUUCCCCACGAGGGAAACUUCAUUUUGAUGAUGAGCUGUUGUCUAAAGGCAGAUGAAACAAGCAGUUACUUUAUCAUCGCAUGUGGUAGCUUUAGAGAUCAUCACUGGUGUACACUGGAAGAAGAGCCCGAACCUAGUGAUGAGGUUGGGUUAACCAAGCAGUAUGCCGAUCUUAAGGGGAAGCCAAAAGCUGACUUUACCUUCCUGCCUGAUAGAGUGGCCGUGACCUGCUCGAAGGUGCCAAGUUUGGUGCUCACUCUCUCUAUGCGGAGAGAACCAGGAUCUAGGUAUCGUCUGGAAAUUGACGAGUAUAACACGAACAGUGGAAAACUAUGGGUGGACCACUAUCUGUCUCAGCCUACAUCAGACACUUCGGGGUGA